GACGACGUCAUCAGACCGCCUCAAUCGAGCGUGAGGACGUUUGUGUUGAUGUCGGCCGCCCUCGUCCCGUCCUCCAUCUGCUGAGUCGCCGGGACCAAACUUCAGGCUCCAAGAUGUUUCUGUCCGCCGCUGUUCGCUCUGCCGUGUCGCAGACGGUCAGGAGUCUGCAUCGUUCUGCCGCACGCGCUGGAGCAGGUGGCAUCUUUGUGCACCGAGAUACUCCUGACAACAACCCUGAUAUUCCUUUUGAGUUCACUGAGGAGAACAAAAAGAGGAUUGAGGCGAUCAUUUCAAUGUACCCUGAAGGACACAAGCAAGCAGCCACCAUCCCCGUGCUGGAUUUAGCCCAGAGGCAAUAUGGAUGGCUCCCCAUCUCAGUCAUGAACAAGGUCGCUGAGGUGCUGGAAGUCCCUCCGAUGAGAGUGUAUGAAGUGGCGACAUUCUAUACCAUGUUCCUGCGUCAGCCUGUGGGAAAAUACUUCAUUCAGAUCUGCACAACAACACCCUGCAUGCUCUGCAACUCAGACAGCAUCCUGGAGGCUCUCCAACACAAACUGGGUAUCAAGGUUGGAGAGACGACUCCAGACAAGAUGUUCACACUAAUAGAAGUGGAGUGCCUAGGUGCCUGUGUGAACGCUCCAAUGGUCCAGAUCAACGACAACUAUUAUGAGGACCUAACACCUAAGGACAUUGAGAAUAUAAUCGACGAACUAAAAGCAGGCCGAGUCCCAGCACCAGGACCCAGGAACGGUCGUUUCUCCUGUGAGCCUGCCGGGGGUUUGACUUCUCUGACUGAGCCUCCUACAGGACCAGGCUUCGGCGUGAGGCCGGACCUGUAGACACAUUCUCAGCUGCCAACUGCUUUUUUUGUCAAAAAGCAACUUGUCCCUGAAGCUGAUAUUAUGUUCAACGCAAACAUGUUGUGUAAAUAAAUUGUUCAUAUACCUGU